AAUUCUCCCUCUUUUGUAUUCGUAAAACAAACGCUAGAAAUAAAACACUCGAAUUUCAUCAACCUCAAAUGUAUCAAUAUUACGAGCAUUCAUGACAUGCUCUGCUUUCAUAAUUCAUGCCUCUUCCACCAUCGCCUGAAAUGCUCGUCGGCGGCUCCGUUCACAUCUCGCGAAAGUCAGCCUUUGCAAACAAUUAUUUUGUUUAUGCAUUCGUUUUGGUGUUCAAUUUUGCCUAUAGUUUACUCGGGAAAAAACUGGUUUUGGCUCGUUUGAGAACUUUCGGGGUUUCAUGAUUAAUUUGUAAAAUUUGAAGCUUUAAAAAGAAAAUUAGUGAUUAAGGAGCUUUAAGUAUCUUUUCUAUUCCUAAUCAGAAGCUUUUUGAUGGCAUUCGGUUUUAUAAACGGGCUAGUAGUUGUCGUUAUGCUGUUGUCUGCUGAAGAAAAAAAAACUACAUUUCCAUCCUUGAGUUCAUGUGUAGAUGACGUUUUCACAGUUGAUCGGAGCAUUUAAUACCUUUGAAUAUGACUGGAGAAUGUAUAACUGUACGCAGAUUCGUGGCAAUUCGGAAUAUUAAAGGAAUUGCACAGUACAGACAACCAAAUCAAACUAGAUGGAAAGCUAAUUUCACAACAUGCAGAAUCCAGGAGAGCUUCUACAAUCAUUUCCAGUGUUUUCAUUUGGGCACUCACAGAAGAAACAAUAUGGUAAAUCAUGCCCAUCUGACAUGGAAGAGGUUCCAAAAACAGUCUAUGUAUAUGGGGUGGACUUCUCUAUCUAUAAAUAGAAUAGCUCAAGCAGUAAGCUUGGCUUUGAACCGCCCUUAUGUGGCUUUUCCUGGUAUCUUUGCAUUAACAUGUGGAAGAAAUGUAGCACUGGCACAGGCAACACAAGACACAAACUUUGUCUCCAAAAGGAAUAAACUGUAUAUGCAUGCUCAAGAUGGAAAUGUUUACUUUACGUCAUUGAUACGGUCUAUGUUCGAUUCGCUUGUUCUGCUGUUGAGAGUAAUGUAUUUGGCUGUACUCUUUUCACCAAGUGUAGUAAUGGCUCCAUUUGCAGAUAUUUUUGGACCCCGUUACACAGAAAUCUGGCUCCAGGUUGUUCGUCAAACACUUGAAAGAGCAGGCCCUGCAUUUAUAAAGUGGGGCCAAUGGGCAGCUACUAGGCCAGAUCUUUUCCCUAGUAAUGUAUGCACUGAACUGUCAAAGCUCCAAACAAGUGCCCCUGAACAUAGUUUUGCCUACACAAAAAAGACCAUUGAAAGAGCUUUCGGCCGUAAAAUUUCAGAAAUCUUUGACGAGUUUGAAGAAAAACCUGUAGCAUCUGGAAGUAUUGCUCAAGUUCAUCGCGCUUUCUUGAGGUAUCAAUACCGCGGUAGGAAGAUCAAGCCCAUGGCUGUGGCCGUGAAAGUAAGACAUCCUGGAGUUGGCGAGUCAAUAAAAAGAGAUUUCGAGAUAAUAAAUAUAGUUGCAAAAAUAUCAAAAUUCAUUCCUACUCUUAAGUGGUUAAGAUUGGAUGAAAGUGUCCAGCAAUUUGCUGUUUUUAUGAUGUCUCAAGUUGACCUUGCUAGGGAGGCUGCCCAUUUAAGCCGCUUCAUUUAUAAUUUUAGAAGAUGGAAGGAUGUUUCUUUUCCAAAGCCUGUAUAUCCAUUAGUACAUCCUGCAGUGUUGGUGGAAACAUUUGAGCAAGGAGAAAGUGUUUCAUAUUAUGUUAAUGAGCUCGAGGGGAAUGAACGGAUUAAAAGUGCACUUGCUCAUAUUGGAACCCAUGCACUUCUAAAGAUGCUUCUGGUGGACAAUUUUGUGCAUGCUGACAUGCAUCCUGGAAAUAUCCUCGUCCGGGUAACCCAGAGCAAGUCUUCAAGGAAACACAUCUUCAAAUCAAAGCCCCAUGUUAUUUUCCUUGAUGUUGGCAUGACUGCUGAGCUUUCUAGUAGUGAUCGAGUAACAUUCCUGGAGUUCUUUAAGGCUGUAGCUCGUCGAGAUGGGCGCACAGCUGCAGAAUGCACUUUGAAAUUAUCUAAACAACAGAACUGCCCUAAUCCCAAGGCAUUCAUUGAGGAGGUGAAAGAGUCAUUUGAUUUCUGGGGUACAGCAGAAGGCACUUCAAUCCAUCCAGCUGAGUGCAUGCAGCAACUGCUUGAGAAAGUUAGACGCCACAGAGUGAAUGUUGAUGGGAAUGUGUGCACUGUGAUGGUGACAACUUUAGUCCUUGAGGGUUGGCAGCGGAAGCUUGAUCCUGGGUAUGAUGUAAUGCACACAUUACAGACGCUGCUGCUCAAGGCAGAUUGGGCAGAGUCGCUUUCAUAUACAAUCGAAGGACUCAUGGCUCCUUGAAGGCUUCCUGCAGGAUCCAACAAACACUUGCACAGUGUACCAACGGAAGUAUGUGUUUGCAGGAUCCAACAAAAAGUUCUUUAGGUAAUAGAGUAAUAAAGUCUUUCAGUAUUCAUUUUUUGUGUAAUCAAGUAAUAGAAAUCCAAAGGCAUCAACAGGACAGGAAAGAGAACAGAAGUUAAGAAAACAUUUUUCUCAGUUUUGCUUUGUUUGUAAUUGUACUUAUUUUCAUUGGGAUAAAAAAUAGGGAAAAUGGAAACUAAUAAUCCAACCUUUUAGCGGUCUUCUUUUAAUAGUCCGACCUUUUCGUUAUUCAUGAAUAAUCCAACCUUUGCACCCCAUCUUCAUUGAUUGGUCCCCGACCGGUUGAUGACCUGCUAUUCCGAGUUAUUUUCUUAUCUCUGCAAACUAUUAUACCAUAAAUUCCACCUUUCACAAAGAUAAUAUUUUGCAAAGAUAAGAAAAUAACUUGGAAUAAUAGGUCAUCAACCGGUCAGGGACCAGUGAAUGAAGAUGAGGUGCAAAAGUUGGAUUAUUCACGAAUAACGAAAAGGUGGGACUAUUAAAAGAAGACCGCUAAAAGGUUGGAUUAUUAGUUUCCAUUUUCCCUAAAAAAUAAACUUUAUAAAUCCACAGCCAAUGUUUCCUUCCUGAACAAGUUGGCAAGGCGUUUUUUCCUCCACAACCAAUUCCCAAC